CGCGGCCUUCGCGCCUCGUCUUCCGCGCCCUCGCACUCAGCCCGAGACAGGAGACGACGCGCCGCCGGUCGAUCUUGCCCCUGUGUGCCCUGGACGACCCCACUCUGCCGGCUGCGAUUGAAACUCGCGGAGCCUAACGAGCACGGCACGUCUUCUACGCGCUGCAUCUGCACACCACCUCGUCCACCAUCCUCUCCCACCAUGGCCGCAGUGUCGCUCCACCCGCUUGCGUCGCGCGGCGGUGAGCAGUCCGCCACCGUCGUCUCGCUGCAAGUCAACAGCGCCUGCGAGGCCAGCACGUCGACGUCGUGGCUCGCCGAUAAUGCCGCCGCCGCGUCGCGAUACCCCGGCGCCGACGCCGACGAGAUGCGCCGCGGCUCGGCAGAGAUGCCGUCGUCGCCCACCACGCGCGGCGGCUCACCGACCGACAGCCGCUUCGACGCUGGCGAUGAGCCCGAGUGGGGCCUGCGGCAUCGCGACCUGUCCAGCUUUCCGUCGCUGGACGGCAUCUUCGACGGCGCCGAGGCGCCGUGCACCUCGUCGGCGUCGGCACCGCCCAUCCGUGCCAUGUCCGCCUCGCAGCUGGCGGCAUUGCACGAGCAGUACGUGCACGCCGACGUGCCGCACCACGUCGUCUUUCCCUUUCUGCACGGCGUCGACGGCGACAACACGGCGCAGAACAUGUUCUUCGGCGCGCCCCUCGAUGGCCAGCCGACGCCCAACUACCGUGGUCUGACGCUCGUGCGCGCCGACAUGCCGACGCGCGACCAGGCCGUGGCGAUGCAGCGUCGGCGCGCCUCGUCGUCGGCCUCGGGCCUCGGCAUGAGUGCGGCGCGCCGCUCGCGUGCCGGCUCGUUGGCCACCACGACGUCGAGCUCGGGCCACUCGCUCGCCAGCGGCGAGAGCCACAGCGGCAACAGCAGCGAUGGUGACUCGCCUUCUCCGCCCGGCGCCGCUCAUCGCUCGCCGUUCAAGCACUCGGCCUCGUCGCACUCCGUCUCGUCGUCGCUCGCCUCGUCCGAACUCUCCUCGGCCCACUCGCUGUGGAACAACAGCGAGACGAGCUCGGCGGCCACGAGUGUCAGUGGCGGCGGCAUGGCGUGGGAGGGCAAGGGCUCGGCCUACCCGUCCACCAGCGGCACGUCGUCGUGUGCAUCGGCACACGAGCCGCAGCCGCGCCACAGCAUCCUCAACUCCUCGAUUCUCCCGGCCGAGCUCAUCGAGCCGCCUCGCUCCGCCAAGCUCUCCGACGGCCGCAUCGUCACUGCGCCGUCGACCUUCGUGCAGCCGCGGCAAGCUGCAGGCGUCAGUCUGCGCAACUUUCGCAUCCAGAGCGUGCGCUACGCCACCAUCUCCGACAUUGUCCUCUACUGCCCCGCCGGCCUGCACGAGGGCGUGCUGGCGCUCGCCCGCUGCUUCCGCGAGGCGCAGGCGGCCAUGUAUGAGGAGCGCUGCAGCCGCGGCCUUGGCAGCUUGCGCUACAACGUCUUUGUCGUGACGGACCCGUUCGUCGCCUUUGAGCGCUCGCACGAGCACCUUGUCGCCAUCGACAGCGCUGGCACGCCGCGCAACCGCGUCGACUUCAUCGAGCGUGAGCGCGAGGAGAUGCAGCGCCUCACCGCCGCCAGCGAGAUCGACGAGAACGUUUGGAUGGGCUGCACCGCCGACGUGCCUAUGCCCGCAGCGGCAGACGUCGACAUGGACCCCUCGGCUGCGCCGCUCGAUGCACAGUCGCGCAGCGCACAGAGCAACCCGCACGCCUUCUCCAUCUGCGUUGAGGCGCACGAGAACGGCGACACGCCCGAGCUGUCGCGCCUCACGUAUGCGAGUCACUGGCUCGACAGCAUCGAGGCGACGGCGCUCUUCGAGCUCAACAGCAAGGAGGCGCUGCGCCAGCUCGAGGAGGACGAGCCCAUCGUCGAUGCCUCUGGUGCUAUCGGCGAAGCCGACCUGCGUGGCUUCCUCUCGCUCGGACCCAACGGCUGGUCGCCGUCGUCGCCCGGCCGCGCUCGCAAGAACUCUCGCCGUGGCCAGACGCCUCGCUCGGACGCCGACGCCGCGCAGCCCGCCGCGGCGCAGCGCACGUCUGUCGUGCCCAAGCCCGAGAACAUCAUCCACCUCGAGUGCGCCGCGUCGAGCAGCGGCUUCAACGCCAUGGGCCAGGAGCAGGCCAUCGAGAGCAUCGUGCAGCUCUGCCAGUGGAUCAAGAAGCAGGCGCAGCCUGGCCAAAUGGCCUCGCCGGUGCCGAGCGCUGCCGCGGCGGCCAACGCCAGCAGUCUGCUCGCCGGCGCCUUCCGCAGCUCAGGCCAUGGUCCUCGUAGCCAGAGUCACGGCGCCACGCCUCUGCUCGGCUCUGCGCCCGCACAGGCGUCGCACUCGCCUCGCCGCGUGCUGCUGCACUGCGGCGACGGCUACACGGAGACGUCCAUCCUGGCGCUGGCGUACCUCAUGUACUCGCGCGACCUCUCACUGCCCGACGCCUACCUGGACCUGCAGCUGCGCUGCAAGCGCUCCUUCUUCGUCUACGCCCGCGACAUGGCCUUCCUCAAGCGCGUCGAGGCCCGCAUGGUGCGCGAGCGCCGCGCGCUGCGCCUCCUGCAGGAGCAGCGCGAGGAGCGCGAGGCGGCCAUCGCUGCUGCUGCCGCUGCCACAGCCGACGCUGCGGCGCCGCGCUCGGCGCUCAGCAAGCCUAGCUUCUCCUGGGGCGUCGGCGGCGCCUCUGACGAGGCCGGCAAGCGCAUUGGCGGCCUGGCGUCGCGCAGAAGCACAAGCAGCCGCCGUGGCUCUUCCUCGAGCGCCGACGUGUCGGGCCAUGCCCUCACCGAGCCGAGCGUGUGGGCACGCGGCCUUGCCGCCGCCAGCGUCCUCGUCGGUGCGGCACAGGGCCACCAGGGCGGACGCAAGAGCUCGUCGAUGGCUACCGACGCGCGUACGCGCACGCCGACGCCGCGUGGCGCUCGCUCGCCCGUCAUGUCGCCUACGAAGCUGACAGCGGCGCCGGCCUCGGGCGACCGUCGCUGGUUCAGCGAUGCGCGUUUCGAGGGCUCGUUCCCCUCGCGCAUCCUGCCGUUCCUCUACCUCGGCAAUCUCAACCACGCGCUCAAUCCGGCGAUGCUGCACGCCCUCGGCAUCACGCACGUCGUGUCCGUCGGCGAGACGGCGCUGACGCCGCCGGCGUCCGAGUUCACCAUGGCCACGGACGGUGACGCUUCUCCGGCCGCACUGCCUGCGCCGCCCUCGCUGCACAACUCGCUCUGGCACGAGGAGCGUGCCGGGCGCAUCUCGGUGCUCGACCUCAAGAACGUGUCGGACGACGGCAUCGACCCUCUGCGCUCGACGAUGCGCGAGGCCGUCGAGUACAUCGAGGCGGCGCGUCGCAGCGGCGGCAGUGUGCUGGUGCACUGCCGCGUCGGCGUCAGUCGCAGCUCGACGAUUGUGCUGGCGUACGUCAUGGGCCACCUCGACCUCAACCUCGUCGAGGCCUACCUGCUGGUGCGCAGCCGCCGCCUCAACAUUCUCAUCCAGCCGCACCUGCUCUUCUUCUGGGAGCUGCGCGGCUGGGAGACGUACCUGGCGGCGCAGAAGGCCAAGCGCACACACGGCGGCCGUCGCAGUGAGAAUGAGGAGAUGGCCGACGGCACGGGCGCGAGCCUGCUCGACUCCUUCUCGCGCCUCACGCCCAGCGACGAUGCCGCCAUGGAAGUCUCGACGAUGUCGCGCAUCGCCGACCGCGUCUCUCGUCCCGCCCUGCCUUGGCGUCGCGCCACAUCUGCCGGCGACGAGGCGGCACGCGGACGCUCGCGCUCCCUCGGCCGUCGCGGUCUCGGCCACUCCGGCAUGCUCGAGGCGGAGGCGGAGGAGCAGCACGCCGACCUCGACAUGGACCUAGGCCUGGGCGCCGGCUCGCUGCACCGCGCUGAGCCGCUGGCCGCCGAGCUCGUCGCGGCACUGCCGUUCGGCUCCGGUAGCCCAUCAAGCCUGAGUGCGGCAAGCAUGCGCCUCACGUGGGGCUUUCUGUGCCGCGAGAUUACGGCGCUUAACGAGCGAUACUUCAUCUAGCUCUGGCCACUCUCUUCCGUCAUCGUCCCACAACCUCUCCUCUUCUCAGUUCCCCUGCAUAUCCUCGUCUCGCCUCUCACGUCGCUCCUCGCCCGCUCGCUUUACGACCCCCUCCCAC